AUGCUCUACCUCUCCAGGAUGGCGAUUCUACUUGACUUUGACUACGGCGCAAUUUUCCUCGUGGUUGUCACCAUCAUUGUCUUCCUGUUUCCAGUUUUGAUUCUGUUCCCCCCUGUCCCUGUCGACCAUAGCGACGCGCUACAGCAGACACAUAGCAAGCUUGGCCGCUCACAACGCGACAGUGACUUGCGCUCGCAAUAUGAUGCCAGACAUCAGCCGCAGGCGGGAAAGAAACCGAAAAUCGAGAGUCUGUACAUUUAUCCCGUCAAAUCGUGCAGAGGUAUUGAGCUGGAUAGCACCAAGGUCUUACCUACCGGCCUGGAGCACGACCGGCUCUACAUGUUUGCUCAGCUAAAGCCCAAGUCUUUAUCCACCGUUGCACCUGAUGGAGCAGCGACAGACUCAAACGGCGCCUGGGAAUUCUUGACACCGAGGCAACUGCCGCUGUUGGCCAAUGUCAAAUUUGACAUAUGGCUGCCGGAUGCAGGCAAGAAGAGUAGACUGCUGGGAAGCUUGCAAGGCGCGUACCUCGCUGUCCGUUUUCCCUGGCAGCAAAGAGGCGUCGUGGGCUUCGUCCAACUCGUUGUUGCCAAGUUGAGUAGGGGAUGGAGCGCAGCUCCAGAGAAGGAAUUCAUACUGCCUUUGGAAUUCCCAUCCAAGCAGGAGAUUGAUGCAAGGGGCUACCGAUUUGAAAAUGUCAAGAUAUGGGCGGACGUUCCCUAUGCACUUAACAUGUCCAAUGAGCUGCCGGCUGAACUUGCCACGUAUCUCGGUGUGAAGAACCCUCUGGGCAUCUUCCGAUCUACUCCUCUUGAUCGUAGAAAAGUAUUCCCAAAUACUUCAGGAAACGAGAUGUCAGGUCAUGAAACCGAAAUAGAUUUCCACGAUGCAUUUCUGGACUAA